AUGCCUACAAAUAACAGCAAAGCCUCCAUGCCUAACGUGCACAAUUAUCUUAUUGAGGCCCACACGUGUCAUCGGAUGGACGGUCAGGUGAUGCCUUUCCCGAAGCAGUUUAUGUUCUGGAGUCGUGGUUGCUACCUAACGGCUCCGACCGAGGGCAUCCUUGGGUUGGAUGAAAAUGGCAAGUUGAGCAAACAUCCCCCUUAUAGUUUGCCCUUUAACGUCAGCAUACCAAAGGCCGUUGCCGUAGCCGUGGUCGUGGGCGGAAAAUGGACAGAACUGGACUCCAUGGGCGACUGUUGGAAGAGCAGUGUACAGAUGAAACAACACUGGGGUACCGAGAAAAAGCUCACCGUCCUUGCUAAAUACGCCGCCAGCGACACCGCAUACAGCCCCCUCCUCGAGUACUCAUUGGCAGUGUGA